GCUCUCAUUACGGAGGCCGGGGCCUGGGGCCGGCCAGCUGCGCCUCCUGGCUGAGGACUCUACGCCCCGGAGCUGCAGUGACAGCAAGGGUCGCAGAUAGAUACCUCAAGCUUCAGGAGGCUCGUGGCUCAGGGGCCCCGGGUGUUUCACUCCCAGGACUGCGCGAGUUGUCGCACUCACGUUGACUGGCGCUCUGCAAGAGUGCCCUCACAGCUCAAGCGAUCACUCCUGCCUUAAGCCCAGCUGCCGGUCGACUCCCGGCGCCGCCAUCAGAGAAGAUUAUAAAUGCCAGAGCCAUUUAACUGAUGGUUAGCUGCUGAAUUCUGACACUUCCUUAAAUACCUUCUUGCACCAACAUCUUCACUGGGAGGAAUUCAGGAAAAGUAGCAGAGGGAAGGAGAGAUCACAUUUACAUGUACCAUGGCUAUACCAAUAACAGUGCUUGACUGUGAUCUCUUACUCUAUGGCCGAGGUCACCGGACAUUGGACCGCUUUAAGCUGGAUGACGUCACUGAUGAAUACUUGAUGUCCAUGUAUGGGUUUCCUCGACAGUUCAUUUAUUACUUGGUGGAGCUCUUGGGGGCGAGUCUUUCUAGACCUACUCAGAGAUCCAGAGCUAUUAGCCCAGAGACACAGAUCCUUGCAGCAUUGGGCUUCUAUACUUCAGGUUCCUUCCAGACUCGGAUGGGAGAUGCUAUUGGAAUCAGUCAGGCAUCUAUGAGUCGCUGUGUUGCUAAUGUAACUGAAGCACUUGUGGAAAGAGCCACACAGUUCAUUCGCUUUCCAGCUGAUGAAGCCUCCGUGCAGGCUCUAAAGGAUGAAUUCUAUGGGUUGGCAGGGAUGCCAGGGGUGAUAGGGGUGGUUGACUGUAUCCAUGUAGCAAUCAAGGCACCAAAUGCUGAAGACCUCUCCUAUGUGAACCGCAAAGGCCUGCAUUCUUUAAACUGCCUGAUGGUGUGUGACAUCAGAGGGGUGCUAAUGACUGUGGAGACCAACUGGCCAGGCAGCCUACAGGACUAUGCUGUGCUGCAGCAGUCUUCCCUCAAUAGUCAUUUUGAAGCCGGAAUGCACAAAGAUAGCUGGCUGCUUGGUGACAGUUCCUUCUUUCUGCGUACUUGGCUCAUGACCCCCCUUCACAUUCCUGAAACUCCGGCCGAAUAUCGCUAUAAUAUGGCCCAUUCUGCAACUCACAGUGUGAUUGAGAAAACUUUCCGAACUCUCUGCUCCCGAUUCCGCUGCCUGGAUGGAUCCAAGGGAGCACUGCAGUACUCACCAGAGAAGUCCAGCCACAUUAUCUUGGCUUGUUGUGUCCUCCACAACAUCUCCCUGGAGCAUGGGAUGGAUGUUUGGUCCUCUCCAAUGACAGGACCCAUGGAACAGCCCCCUGAAGAAGAGUAUGAGCACAUGGAGUCCUUGGACCUGGAGGCUGACCGAAUCCGUCAGGAGCUGAUGCUCACUCAUUUUAGCUAAUGUGAAAGGUGGAGGGGAGGGGAAACUUUCCAGAAGGAGUUGUGACAAACUUUCCUCCUCACCACCCCCUACAGAGUUCCAUCAUCUAGCAUGACUGAAUAUGUGGACACUUGUCACAAAUUGACAUUUAUCUGUGUGGUUUAGAAGGGUUGUGGCUAUACCAGAAUAUCUUGAUUCAUUUGCAAAUAUAUUAGCUAACCCAAAACCAAGCCAAUAUUUCCCUGCUAUCCACUGAACUCCAGGCUGAGCACCACUCGUUUGAAAACUCACUAGUAGCAGACAUUUAUGAUUGUGCCUAUAAAAUCAAAGCAAAGGGGAAAAUGGCACUCAGCCAGAAUGUUUUUUAUUUAAUUAUCUAGAGAUUUCAAAUGAAAACAAUAUUCAUUUGUCCUGAAUUAUUGGAUGGGAUUUUAGCUUUUCUGCUUUGCUGCCUAUAUAGGCAUCAUCUGAGGCAAGUGUAAAGAGCAAAUUUAAGUUAGGGAGUGGUCUUCUGACAAAAGUAAGUGGCUACUAAUCUGAGUUUGCAGCUUUGUGUUUUUUAAGAGGAUGUUAGGGACAGCCGAAGAAUCCAUCUUUCGUCUUUCUGCAAUAGUUGGACUGUGACUUGGACCUGGUUUCUAGGGAGAACAUCUGGACUCCAAUCUCCUCUUUCCAACCCAGAGUAGGAGUUAGAGGCUAAAUCGGUUUAAAAAACCCAAACAGCUUCAAGAAGACAAGUCAAAUACAGAUAAAAUAGCAAGCUUACACUUUACAGAUCUAAAGACCCCGAUAGAUUGAUGGACAGAGGAGAUUCACCCAGGUUUUGACAGCUCACAUCUAAAUAGAUCACAUUUCUUAUGCUCAUGAUGUUCGAAUGUCUGUUUGGCCAUUCUGCUUUGAAAUUCCUUGAGUAGAAGGAAGAUUUAGGGAAUAAAGAAGGCAUUGUGAAAGCAGUAAAAAAGGUAAAAGGAACAUAAUUUCAUGGUGUGAAAUGAAUUUUGGUGUUAGACCUACUUGGAUAUCUUGUGUGCAAAGUGAUGGACAGAAUUUCCCAGAAAAUAAAUAAUCCCUCACCAAGUCUUAUUCUAAAAUUAUACUGAUAUAAAAAUAACCUGAUUGGAAUAAUGAAAGUGUGAAUUAGGUUCACACUUUGGUUCCUUUGCUGGGACAAAAAAGACUUUCCUGAGGGCUGUCUUGUUCCCAGUUUCUCAUCAGCUCACCAUGUGUUACUUCAGAAUUGUGCUCUUGGAUCAUUUCCUACCUGCCUUUGGCAGUGUUAAUCUGGUGAUUUUCAAAGUAAAGAAAUGAACAGCUGAUGACAGAAGAAAUUUGGAAAUAAAUUGAGGGUGACUCAUCCCCACGAUUAAAAACAA